AUGAAAUCCAUGAUUAAGGAGGCCAUGGUCAGGAAAAACCAGGUGGGCCACGUCCGGGCCGAGCGCGACGUGUUGGCGGUGGCGGACAAUCCAUGGAUUGUCACCUUGCAUUAUUCCUUCCAGGAUGACCACAUGCUCCACAUGGUGAUGGAAUUCCUCCCCGGGGGAGAUUUGAUGACCCUCCUGAUCCGAGAAGACACCUUCCCCGAGGCGGCCACCCGCCAGUACAUGGCCGAGAUGAUCAUGGCAGUCGCCUCCGUGCACGCGCUGGGCUACAUCCACCGCGACCUCAAGCCUGACAACAUCCUCUUGGACUGGGAAGGACACCUCAAGCUCUCAGACAUGGGU